UUGCACCACUCUUUGCAAGAAAAUCUAAAAAAUCCAAUCAAAAUUGUCAUUAAAAAUUUAAAUCUGUGUCUUACUAUUGACUGAACUUGUUCGUGUUUGUGUGUCUGUGUCGCUACGAUGAAAAAUAAUAGACGAAUUUCCAGGGAAUGGCGUCAAAAAAUUGAAUCAUGGCUGCAAGCCAACGAACAAGAUGAAAAACAUGGCGAUGAACAUAAACGACGCACCAGACGACUAACCGGAAAUCGACGUUCAUUUGAAAAUGAUUCAGCAGAAAAUGAGCGUAGUAAAUUGGAUCCAUUGCCCGAAGAAAAAGCCGCAGUAACAACAACGCCACCGCAAGCAAAUGAGCCAUACAAACGUGUCUACCCCGAUUGGAAGCCAACCACAUCAUCUGUUGAAAGAGGUGAUUCGGAGUCAACACAAGAUUUAAUGUCCAAAGAAAAAGAUGACACCUCAUCUCGGCCGGAAAAAAUGCGUGCAUCCCAAUCGUCAACGAGUUUAUCGUCAAGUGCAACACCAUUGCAAUCAAUAAUGGAAGAGGAUCGUCGCACAAGUCAAGAUAUUCCAUUGAAAAUAAACGUCCGUCGUCCGUCAGAAGUGAAUGAAUAUGAGCCCGUCUAUCAAAAACAUACCAGUCCAGUUGGAAUCACCAGUGAUUCACAUUCGAUUUACAUACGUCCAUCGGUUUCCAAUAAAAAAUCAACAGCCACAUCGCCCGAACGUCGAGAAAGUAUCACAAAGUGCCAUUCACAAGACGCCGAAACGCCCGAACCGUUAAGCAAUAAAAUUGAAAUUGAUUCGGAUAAUAUCGAAACGCCGCCCGUUGUUCGAAAGAAUAUAAUGAGCGAUGAUAAAUCGAGUAUGGUAUCUUCAGUGAAGAAAUUACAAGCACCACGUCCAUUGCAUCAGCGAACAAUUGACGAAUCGAAAGCAAACGAAAGCGUCGAAAAUAAACCAAAUGAAACUGAAGUGCUUGGAGAUGGUCAUUUCGAUCGACAUUCAUCGGCACGCCGUACAAGACGCUAUCGCCGACCAACAGAUCACAGUAGUGGUGCCGAAGAUCGAAAUGAUUCCAGUCCUGAAACAGUGCCAGCCACAACUCCAGUAUUUCCCCCCGCUUCAAGUGCUCUGUACAGCACAAGUGCCGAACAUGAUGUCACUGCCAAUAGCAAAGACGAUGUAUCACCGGAUCGAGGUGAAGAUAUGCUAUUAAAAUCAAAAUCAAUGGACAUUCUAUCACGAAUCGGUAAACAUGGUCGAAACAUGAGUUCGAUCAAUCAAGAAGCAGUUCGUGAAGCGAUUCGCAAAUUAAAAUCACCAACCGAAACACCCGAACGCAUUUGGAGUCCACCGCGUGAAAUUGUUGUCACACCAAAAGAUCGAAUUAUCCCAUCGAAGGUCAUCAAUCAUGAAUUGAACGAUGAAGGUUUCGAAGAGACACAAAGUUGUCAGAGCCUAGUAUCCGAUGGAAAAGAUAGCACAUCAUCGUGUAAUGAACCAGCCGAUCAUUCACAAUCACAUCUAACCGCAUCAUUGAGUCCAAAUCAAUCGAAAUCGAAAUCGAAAUCAGUUGUUAAAUCGUUAAUAGAACGCAAUCGUCAAAGUUUAGAACGUAGUCGAUCAUUGCGUGCGGUUGCAACACCACAUUCACGAACCAGCAUCAUUCCAAAGAGAACGAAUUCAUUGCGUCGAAAUAUUGACACCGGUGCCAUAUCGGCCAAUCGACAAGACGUCGAACGAAGUGGUUCACGCACCAGUCUACGCAGUUCACGUUCAUCGCUCAAUAGUUCAGCUUCGAUAAAUACCGUACGAAAUAUGGGACUUAAACCAACGACAACACAAUCACCAUCGGCAACAGCAAGACAUUUAUCAAAUUCGGCCACGGAAAAAACAUCGUUGCGAAAAAAAUUGGCACAACAACAAAGUAACCCAUCGUCAAAUACACAAAAGGCCACACUCAAAGGAAGCAAUAGUUUAAAUUCAUAUUUAAGAACGCCGGCCAGUCGAAGUUCGAGCAGUGGUUCAAGCAUUGGCGGUCCAUCAUCGUCACGUCAAUCGUAUACAAAGACUUCUAGUUCAAAUUCGGCAACACCGCCCAUAUCAAAUUCACCGCAACGGCCAGCAUUUCGUAACACCGUUUCCGUAUCAAAUCAUUUAUCAACAUCGUCAUCACAAUCAAACAGUCAAAAAAGCGCAAACGCAAUACGUUCUAGUUCAAAAUUAAAUAAUUUAAAGGGCAUUGCAUCAAAAACGUCAAAUCGAGUGAGCAGUUUUAUGCGACCAACCACUUCCAGUGCAACUAAAGUCAAUUCACCAAGCAAUCGCAGCAAAUAAACAACGGUUUUUCUAUAUUUUUGAUU